UUUUUAUUGUUUGGUUAAGUCAUGUGCGUCUGAAAGAGAUGCAGUGUGUUUACAACCGAAUGACUGCGAUGUCUAAACUGAAGAGGAAGAAAUUAUCAGUCGAGGACAGUAAAUCCGAGCAGCAAACACGGAUCAAAAAGUCAAACGACGGCCGGUGUUCAGUAGCGUUACUGGAGGACAGCAGAUGCGCAACAACAUCUGCAGGCAGCAGGGAGAGAUGGUGGGAGAGUUCAGAGCUGAGUGAUGCUGAGAGACUCUGGGCUCUUACCUUGACAGCUCUUUGCCCUAACCUGCAGUCAGAUGAUCUGGAAGAGUCCAUUCCACAGCUCCCCCCACCUUCAUCUACGAAAACCCCUGUACAAGCAGUAAGUGACUGGAGAUGGUGCAAUGCAGAUAAAGAUGUAAAUCCACCUCCUGGUCUGCCAGCUCCAUCAUUCUUUGUUCACCCACCACCAGCAAACGACUUCAAGAACCCUUCACACCCUCCAGCAGAGGGAAACACCAGGGCAUCUGAUCCACCAAGCCUUUCUGAUCAAGAGAAACAUGCAUCUUCACCUGAUGGAGACGCUGUGCCAGUAUGCAGUACACAAACUUCUCAGCGGCACCACCUAGAUGAUGGAGUCAACUGCCUUGAAGAUUGCAAAUUGUUGGUGACAAAUCAGGGUGACAAAUUUGGUCAAGCAAGCAAUGUGUCUGAAACAAGAAGAUCUCAAGCAGAAUCAAGAACAGUCAGGUCAGGAGCAGGAACGAGUGCAGAAAUAAGUGCUGGAAAAUCUGAAUCAGGGAUAGGAACAUUUUUUGGAGCAGAAGGACCAGCAUUAGUGCUGGGAACAAAACAAGAAGCAAGUGGGUCUGGAUCAGGACAGCGAGCAAAAUCUGGAGCAGGUCAAAGGGCUAAAUCGGGAGUAAAAGGAUCUGGAUUGGGAACAGGAACAAAAUCUAGAAUUGCUAAAGGAGCCAGAUCGGGACUGGGAAGAAAUUCAGUUGCAAGUGGAUCUGGAUUAGUACUAACAAAAUCUGGAGCAAGUGGAUCUGGAUUAGUACUGGGAACAAAAUCUGAGGCAAGUGGAUCUGGGUUAGUACUAACAAAAUCUGGAGCAAGUGGAUCUAGAUUAGUACUGGGAACAAAAUCUGGAGCAAGUGGAAAUGGGUUUGUACUGGGAGCAAAAUCUGGAUCAGGACAGGAGGCAAAAUCAGGACUAGUAGGGUCUGGGUCAGGACUAGUACAAUCUGGAACUGUACAGGAGGAAAAUAACGGACUAAAAGGAUUUAGGUCAGGACUGGGAACAAAUGCAAGAACGAGUGGAUGCAAAUUAGGACUGGAAACAAAAUCUGGAACAGAACAGGAGGCAAAAUCAGGAAUGAGAGGAUCUGGAACAAAUUCAGGUGAAGAGAAACUAGCAAAAUCAGGAUUAGGAGGAUCUGGAUUAGGACAUGGAGCAAAUUCAGGAACAAUUGGAUCUGGAGCUGGACUGGAAACAAGAAGUCCUGAAGGAUCUGAAUCAGGCUCGGAAACAAAAUCCGGAGCAGAACGCAGGUCAGAACUGGAGUGCUGUCCCAUGUGUCUGAUGCCAUUUCCUGCCGGGUUCACCCAGAUGGAAUGUGAUGGUCACCUUGCGCAAUGCCUAUCAGAAAUGCACGAUGAUAUCAUUUGGUGAUUAUUAUUAGGAAUUUAGUUAUAUUAUUUUUGAUUUUUACAUUCCUUGUGUAUUGUAUGUAAGCAUUUCUGGUAACACUUUACAAUAACAGUGCAUAAAUAGUGAUGUAUUAAUAUGUAAACUCAACGUUACUUUAUUAUAAACUAAUGAUGAGUUAAUGGUAACACUUUAGGCCACAAUCCACAGUAUUAACUAACCAUAAACUAACACUACUUGCUUAUCAAACUACUAAUUAGCUGUUUGUUAGUAGUUAGUGAGGUAGCUUUAGGUUUUGAGUAGGAUUAGGGAUGCAGGAUAUGAUCAUGCUUUAUAACUACUAAUGAACAGGUAAUAUCUUAAUAAUAGGCAAGAAAUAAGCCAGUAGUUAAUAGCAUGAAUUGUGACCUAAACUAAAGUGUUACCACCUUAAUUAAUUGUUAGUAUAUGUUGUUAAUUAAUGUAUUAAUUACAUUUAAGUUUAAGUUAAAUGUAACCAACAUGAACUCAUGAGCUGUUAAUGUAUAAUAAUGUCAUGACUUUACUUGGAGGGGCACAUCCUCAUUAAAUCAUCCUAAACUACUCAUGAACUCCUGUUUAAACUGUUCAUGUAGACGGAGCACUUUUCUAUUGUUAUUCAGUGCAAACGCACUAGACAGACGUGCAAAAGGAGUUUGAGUAGUCAAAAAUGGGUUAAUGAUGAUGUGCCCCUCCAAGUAAAGUCAUGAUAUAAUUAUAUAUUAACAUAAGUUUAUGAUGGUUAAAUUAAACAUAAAAUUAUGUGUUAUUUAAUACAUGAAUUAACAAAAUCAUAUACUAACAAGUAAUUCAGGUAGUCGUUAUUAACUCAUGAACUCUUGUGGCUCAUGAUUAGCAUAUACAUUAUUAUAAACUAAUGAUGACUUAAUGUAUGCACUAAUCAUGAACUAACUUAACUACAACAUGAGUCCAUGUGUGAAUAACGACUACCCUAAUUACUUGUUAGUACAUGUUGUUAAUUAAUGUAUUAAUUACCGUUUAAGAUAAACGCAACCAACAUGAACUCAUGAGCUGUUAAUGUAUAAUUAUGUUAUGACUUUACUUGCAGGAGUACAUCAUCAUUAACUCAUCCUUAACUACUCUGUUUAAACUGUUCUUGUUGACGUUGACAGAACACUUUUCUAUUGUUAUUCAGUGCAAACGCACUAGAUGGACGUGCAUGAGGAGUUCAUGAGUAGUUAAGAAUGGGUUAAUGAUGAUGUGACCCUCCAAGUAAAGUCAUAAUUAUACAUUAACACGAGUUCAUGAUGGUUAAACGAAGCAUAAACUAAUGUGGUAAUUAAUACAUCAGUUAACAAACACUCAUAUACUAACAAGUAAUAAAGGUAGUCGUUAUGUUGUAGUUAUAGUUAGUUCAUGAUUAGCGCAUAUAUUACUUAUUAUGAACUAAUAAUGAGUUAAUGUUAAGUUUACAUAUUAACACCUCAUUAUUCAUGUACUAUUAUUGUAAAGUGUUACCAUAUUUC